UUCCUGUCGGUGCUGUACAGUUAUCCAGGAGACCUCUAGGCGGAUUUUCUUGUGGUAAUGACAUCGCAAAACACAACAUUUUAGUUUGAGUCUCAGCUGUACACCCAGUACUAGACGCAUCGUCGACAAGAAGACACUGGCAUUACAGAAAGUUUUGAAACAAUAAUAAAACUGUUUGUGGUUGAGAAGGCAAACUAAUGGCGGAGACGUAACCUGUCGAGUUAUGUGGCAUUAUUAAACAGCUUCAGGCCUUUGCGUAUACUAGCGUUAUUUUCUUUCUAUCCACAAGUAAACUGGUAGUCUGUACAGACCAAGCCCAGCCGGCCGAAGCUGUCAGCAGUGCUGCUCCCUUCUGAGUCAUGCAUUGAAGCAAAACAAAUCUGCUCGUAGCAGCAAAGCUAACAAGACGUCGAACACGCAAGUGCCCGUUCAUUUGAAUAAAGUCAUACAGGUUUGGGACGACAUGAAGUUCUUCCUUCUAGGUUUCCCCUAAUACCCAUCUACCUCAGAUUUUUCACUACUUCUUCACUGCACCCAUUCCUUGUUGCCUGAAGCCAUGGCUGCUAGCAGGAAUGCUUUGGCCCUUCACAAAGUGAUAAUGGUGGGCAGCGGUGGCGUGGGCAAGUCAGCACUAACACUGCAAUUCAUGUAUGAUGAGUUUGUGGAAGACUACGAGCCCACCAAAGCCGACAGCUACAGAAAAAAGGUGGUUCUGGACGGAGAGGAGGUCCAGAUCGACAUCCUUGACACAGCGGGACAGGAGGACUACGCUGCCAUUCGGGACAACUACUUCCGCAGCGGAGAGGGAUUUCUCUGCGUGUUCUCCAUCACAGAAUCCGAAUCCUUUGCUGCUACUGCUGACUUCAGAGAACAGAUCCUUCGGGUAAAAGAGGAGGAGAACGUACCUUUCCUGCUGGUGGGAAACAAGUCAGACUUGGAGGAUCGACGGCAAGUCGGUGUGGAGGAGGCCAAGACCAGAGCAGAUCAGUGGGCAGUCAGCUACGUCGAGACUUCUGCCAAAACCCGUGCCAAUGUAGAUAAGGCUUUAUUCACAGAGCUUCAGGAUUUAAGUGGAAGGAUUCGUAGCCAUGAGAUUUGAACGGGUUCCUAGACUCCAGAGGGAGCAGCACGGAUUAAUAUGCGCUUUCAGGGUGAAGACUCUUCGCCUUUCUCCUUGUCAGCUGUGGCCAUCGCUGCUUUGCGGUGUGGAGAGCAAAGUUGUGAAAAAGACUACGCAGAAGGAAUCCCCUCUUACCUCACUUUAUCUCUUUCCCACAGAUGAACACUUAUUGACACAGCUAAAUGUGUGGGCAGCUCCGUUAGAGGAUGUCUGCAGACGUGGGUGCUUGCGUACGUGUGUUUAUACCGUUUUGCGUCCACAACGUCCCCGUUGGAGCGUGCACGAACGCGUCUGUGCGCAUCUCACUUCUAUCUGUGGCUAGAUGUAACGGAUGAAACAUUCCUUGACCACACUAUGUGGGCACCAUCAGCAUCAUUAUCAUCAUCCCUGAGACAUGGAAUGGACGGCAGGGUGUAGGUACACACAGUGUGAGGGCCACUAAUAUGAGAAUGACACCUCUCUGCCCACACAUGGCCUGUUCCUCACCAAUCAGAGUCACUCACAGAGGCAUGCAGGGUGGGCGGCCGUAUCACGCAGGCUAAGUAAUGAAGGUGUUGAUGGAGAACACCACCGUUUUCACACGUCACACCGGGCAGAUUGGUCAUAUGGUGAAAAUAAAAUGACCCGUGUCAUCAGUACACAUAUACAGAAAUAGAUCACAUGAAAUGGUACCGUUUUAAUUAAUCAACAUGCUCCCCGAAGGCUGCCUACCGGUGUCCACAAGGUCCAUUUUUGUGAUUAAGCCUGUAUUUCUAUAAUGAUUACACCCGCUCCCAAAACACACACACACGCACACACACUGAACCACAUGCCCAAUUACCAGGUCUCUUAUUAGCUUUAGAUUAAUGAUCCCCUGAGGCUUCUCUUGUGUGAAAGAGCGCAGCCCCACCAACCCACACACUGCUCACACACAUGGGCAUUUUAAUUGGCAGCAAAAUCCAACCAUAGUAAUGCUCUUACAAGUCUGAGUCAUCCUCACAGCACUGCAUGCAAAACACAGCGCUAUUAACUUUCAAGUGCGUUUGUGUGUUGAUAGUUCGAUAUGCUUUCUAAUUUGAGGAGCGAUAAGGCUUGGACGAAUUCUAAUGACUUGUUUUUAAUGAACAGUAGCCUGGUAUGGAGUGCUUUUAAAAGGGAGACAACUUGUGUGCUCCAUUAACCCUUUAAUUCGACGCGUAACCGUACUUUAAAACUCUCUAGUGCCAUCUGUGGAUGAGAAAAACAAAUUGUAAGGACCUUCUUUGCUUAUGGACAUGAUGUGAACACAUAAAAACAGUGAUGGUGAUUCUCGCUAAACUUAACCCAACAGGUCUAAAUAAGAAUCCUUAUUUUAGGAUUACCACAGAGAUUUCCAAAGUAAAAAGGCAAGAAUGCAGUACUGAACGUGUUCAGUAAAGAAGGGUUUAAAAACUGCUUACAACCUUGUAUUUAUGCCAAUAUACCAAGCAACCAAAAUCUCCUUAAAUGCCAUAAAAUAUCCAUAAAAUCCAUGAAAUAGAGGUCAUAUAUGAUAAAUUGCCUGUCACUUUUUAUAAAAUACAGGGAAUUUUCUGGGUGUUUUCCCAAUAAAUUGCAUAAUUUAUAGUAAUAAUCUCCAAAACAUGUACAUAUUAUGUGAUUUACAGUUAUUCUGUUAACAGGUUUUUAGUAUAUCAUUAAACAUUUUCAGUGUAA